AAGGCGGGAAGAAAGGAUCUCUGCAUUCUGAUUGGUUGCUAUGCGGUAGCGUUGCCGGCUACGCCCCGGCCCUGAUUGGUUGCCAAGAGGGGAGGUUUAAGAGGCAGAUCGGCGGCGUGGGGGAGCCAUGGGUCAGCCGGCCAAGGUUUUACAGCUCUUUAAAACACUGCACAGGACCAGACAACAGGUUUUUAAAAAUGAUAGGCGAGCAUUAGAAGCAGCCAGAAUAAAGAUAAAUGAAGAAUUCAAGAAGCAUAAAAGUGAGACCUCUCCAGAGAAAAUAAAAGAGGUGAUGAAAAUAGGUUCCGACGUGGAACUGCUGCUCAGAACAUCUGUUAUCCAAGGCGUUCACACUGACCACAACACGCUGAAGCUGGUCCCCAGGAAAGAUCUUCUUACAGAAAAUGUGCCGUACUGUGACGCGCCAACCCAGAAGCAGUAAAGCUUCCAGGACAAAACUCGCCUCUGCUCCUCCCACUUUAAAUAUACACCUGGCAAAGGUCCUCAGCAUGCACGCUUCUCUCUGCAGCGGCACGUUGCAAAUGAGUGACAGGCUGA